GCCAAUGGCUCCCAGCUGCAGGAAUAGCCCAGUGAACUGAAUCUCUCCAAAGGGGAGAAUUUGAAGCCUGCAUCUUUGCUAACCCACAGAUUGCAUUAUCCUUUUGCAAGGAAACCAACUACUGUACUUCCAACUACUUUUGGAACCUUUUAACUUUUUUGUUUUACUGCCAAUGAAUGGAGGCUUGUUUGAUUGCUUUUCAAGAGCUCAAGUUGAGGGCAAGGAACCAGUGUAGGGUGUUGGACUAGAUGACCCUCGAGGUCCCUUCCAACUCUACAAUUCUAUGAUCUUGUCAAUUCCCUGUUCUCCAGCCUUCACAUCAAGAGGCAAGGUCCUAAGCCAUGGCGGUAUGGAUUCAAGCGCAGCAACUCCAGGGGGAUGCCUUGCGGCAGAUGCAGGCGCUGUAUGGGCAGCACUUUCCCAUCGAGGUCCGCCAUUACCUCUCGCAGUGGAUUGAGAGCCAGCCAUGGGAUUCUAUCGAUCCGGAAAACCCCCAGGAGGGUGCCAAGGCCACACAGUUGUUGGAGGGACUGAUCCAGGAGCUGCAGAAGAAAGCGGACCACCAGGUGGGCGAGGACGGCUUCCUUCUGAAGAUCAAACUGGGCCACUAUGCCACCCAGUUGCAGAAUACGUACGAACGCUGCCCUAUGGAACUGGUGCGCUGCAUCAGACACAUCCUUUACCAUGAGCAGCGUCUGGUGCGAGAGGCCACAGAUAGUCCCUCGCCAGCUAGCAAUCUGGCCGAUGCCCUGUCUCAGAAGCACCUGCAAAUCAACCAGACCUUUGAGGAGCUUCGCCUUGUUACUCAGGACACUGAGAACCAGCUGAAGAGGCUUCAGCAGACGCAGGAGUACUUCAUCAUCCAGUACCAAGAAAGCCAUCGCGUACAAGCCCAGUUUGCUCAACUUGCCCAGCUAAACCCCCAGGAGCGCAUGGCCCGUGAGUCUACUUUGCAGCAGAGGAAGGUAUCGCUGGAAGCUUGGCUGACCCGUGAGGCACAGACACUGCAGCAGUAUCGUGUGGAGCUGGCUGAAAAGCACCAGCAGACACUUUCACUGCUCCGCAAGCAGCAAACCAUUAUCCUGGAUGAUGAGCUGAUUCAGUGGAAGAGGCGGCAACAGUUAGCAGGGAAUGGCGGGCCCCCUGAGGGCCCUUUGGAUGGCUUGCAGGCUUGGUGUGAGAAGCUAGCUGAGAUAAUCUGCCAGAACCGCCAACAAGUGCGCCGUGUUGAACAUCUGUGUCAGCAGCUGCCCAUUCCAGGGCCCAAUGAAGAGAUGUUGGCUGACAUCAACACCACCGUCACAGACAUAAUUUCUGCCCUGGUGACUAGUACUUUUAUUAUUGAAAAGCAGCCUCCCCAGGUGCUGAAGACCCAGACCAAGUUUGCAGCCACAGUGAGGCUGCUGGUUGGUGGAAAGUUAAAUGUCCACAUGAACCCUCCACAGGUGAAGGCCACCAUCAUCAGCGAGCAGCAGGCCAAAGCCCUCCUGAAGAAUGAGAGCACCCGCAAUGAGAGCAGCGGCGAUAUCUUGAACAACUGCUGUGUGAUGGAAUAUCACCAGGCGACUGGUACUCUGAGCGCUCAUUUCCGCAACAUGUCCUUGAAGCGGAUCAAGCGCUCCGACCGACGCGGCGCCGAGUCAGUGACCGAGGAGAAGUUCACCAUCCUCUUUGAAUCCCAGUUCAGUGUUGGCGGCAACGAGUUGGUCUUCCAGGUGAAGACUCUGUCCCUGCCUGUGGUGGUGAUUGUGCACGGCAGCCAGGACAACAACGCCACAGCCACAGUGCUGUGGGACAACGCUUUUGCAGAGCCGGGCCGUGUGCCCUUCGCCGUGCCCGACAAGGUGAUGUGGUCGCAGCUGUGCGAGGCCCUCAACAUGAAGUUCAAAUCGGAGGUCCAGAGCAGCCGAGGUCUCACCAAGGAAAACCUGCUCUUCUUGGCCCAGAAACUGUUCAAUAGCAACAUGAACCUCUUAGAAGACUACAACGGCAUGGCUGUUUCUUGGGCCCAGUUCAACAGGGAGAACCUCCCAGGACGAAAUUAUACAUUCUGGCAGUGGUUUGAUGGGGUGAUGGAAGUCCUGAAGAAACACUUGAAACCUCACUGGAAUGAUGGGGCUAUUCUAGGUUUUGUCAACAAGCAGCAAGCCCACAACCUGCUAAUCAACAAGCCAGAUGGAACUUUCCUUUUGAGGUUUAGUGACUCUGAGAUUGGAGGUAUCACAAUCGCCUGGAGGUUUGACAACACUGAUAGGAUGUUCUGGAACCUGAUGCCCUUCACCACUCGUGACUUCUCCAUCCGCACCCUGGCAGACCGUCUCGGGGACCUCCCAUACCUCCUCUAUGUGUAUCCUGACCGUCCCAAGGAAGAGGUCUUCUCCAAAUACUACAUGCCAGUCCUUUCAAAGACAGGGGAUGGGUAUGUGAAGCCACUGAUCAAGCAAGUUGUGCCAGAGUUUGCCACUACAUCUGGAGACUCUACGGCUGGAGGGCCUACCUACAUGGAUCAAGCUUCAUCCCCAGCUGUCUGCCAUCAGUCCCUGUACAACACUUAUCCAACAAACCCCGACUCCGUGCUGGACCCAGAAGCGGACUAUGACCUGGAUGACUCGAUGGACGUGGCGCGUCACGUGGAAGAGCUGCUGAGGCGCCCCAUGGAGAGCCAGUGGAUCUCACAUGCCCAGUCAUGACCAUGCCGCCUCCCCUGGAGAGACCGUGUAGAGACUGUGAAAAAUGGGGGGGGGGCACUGCUGUUAGGGAGUACAGCUGCUGUGUGUGUGUUUGGAGGGGGUUGCAUUUCUUCACCCCGUAGUGAGGGCAAGCCCGCCCUGCCCUGACUGGGGUGUGGGGCUGUGCCUGAGAGGCAGUGGGUCUUGUCUCUCCCCUUUCGCACGUGCAAAAGGCAGUGGAGUGUAUCGCUUGGCUUUCCCAUCUGCUCGGCUUUUCUCGGGCCUUCUGCUUUGGCGCACUGCCUCCUGCCAAGCUGCCAUAUGAUUUGCGUUGGGGAUCAUUCCCUCCCCUUCUCCCAGGAUUCCACACACUGCCACGUCCUUUGCCCAGGAGCCUUUGGGGUGGGGGUGGGGGGUUGCUGAGCUGUGGAGGAGAGUAGGCCUUAUUUGAAGUAUUUGUCUUUCGUAAUCUUUUUAUGUGUCUGACAUUUCUUUUCUUGUCUGCACCCAGGAUAAACGGGUGUGUGCGUGCGUCUGCCUGCCUCUGACCUGUGUUCCCGGGUGCACACGCAUGUGGGUAGCAGCAUUCUGUGCAAGAGACCCUGACUCAGUGGGAGCGCUGCUUCUAUUCGGACCCCUCUGUAGUAGCCCACUCUUACCAGGUCCCCCUGGGUUGACAGAACCCUCUGGAGUCACUAUCUGUCGCCUCACCCCAACGCCUUUCUUUUUGCCUUGUCUCAAGAUAGUCGCUUACCUCUUGGCUCCUGCACCAUCUAGUACUUUUUGGCUUUUGAUGUGCCCGACAUUUUGCUCCCAGGUAUCAAAAGUUCAGCAGAUUGCUGAGGGGUGGUGAUGGUGGUGGUGUUUUUAAAUAAGUUGCAAGCGAAAGUGCAGGAAUUAGAAUCAGAAACAGUGUUCCCCCUGUUAGGAUUAGGGGUGGCAUGAGAAGAAGGCCCCUGGAUUUCAUUGCUGGGUUCCGAGGGAAAAAAGGGAUGCCUUGAGUGGAAAUUUCUAGAUGUAUGGACAAAGCCUGCCCAAUCUGUUCCUUUUUUCUUCUGAUCCCCCAGCUUCCUGCCCUUUCAUUUGGCUGAACAAUUGGGAAGAACAACUCCCUCCAAACGUUAUUUUUUUACUCACCGAUAAAGCUCAGACUAACUUCGACACCGAAGUUGUAGCUUUCUCACAUAUGCAUCUGUGGAACAGGUAAUUUGUUAGGAGGGAAGGAUUCAGUCUCCGAUAUAACAACUAUCAUAUUUUUCCUGGCAUCGACAAAACAAGUGUGCAGUGAGAGGUUGUCCUGUUCACUUUUGGGGUGACCCCUGGGGAGGGUGACACAGUUCUUGGAUGGUGCUCAAAUGACAGCUCUUGGAUGGUGCUCAAAUGGUUAGAAUACAUCUCCCAUCAACAGCAGGCAAAUGGAAAAGCCAAAUCUUAUUCGAGCUCCCAGGGAUACAGCCUAAGUUUAUUGUGAGGACUCUGCUAAAGAAUUUUAAAGACUGCUUAUAUUAAAAGCUGAAAAGUACAGGGGUGUGUGUGUGUGUGUUUCCACCAUUUUCAGGUGGCAGGGUCAGCUAGCGUUAAGAGCUGCCUUACACCAGCUCAGCCUAUUUGUUAAUCUAGCACAGCAUCGGCAGCUCUGAUUGGCAGCAGCUCUCAGAGUCUCCAGCAGAGGUCUCUCCCAUUAAAUGCCAGGGAUUGAAUCUGGAACUUGGUAUAGGUUGUGCACGUGCUCUGCCACCAAGUUAUGGUGGCACAUACAUAUCAAUUAAGCCAAAUAUUAUGCCAAAUCAUAAAAAAAUUUAGGCUUCCCAUGCUUCAAUGUCUGGGGAUUCUAGAUAACUGUUCGCACUGCCAUCCUAAUCCUGAUAUCAAAAUCUUGCUGUAAUCCACAAUAGUCCCGAUAUUUUCCAACAGUCCCUCUAGAUGUUUUCUUCUCUCUUUGUCUUUUGUCGCAGCUUCUGAGAUAGGCAUCAAACAAGAUUUAACACAUAUCCAUUUUUCCUGUGUGGGUUUUUUAUCCAGUCCAACCUCCCCAUAAAUCUCUCUUGAUCUGGAGUGCCUUUCUUGCCGCGUCAACAGUCUGACACAAGCCAGCGCCAUCUUGAACGCCUCAGAUUGUAUUCCAUCUUCUAAACUGUCCACCGAUCGCAAGAGUACAGCUUUUUGGCGAGGAACAGCCCGUUCACAUUAUGCACAAUCUCUUAUAGCUGAUUAUGGCUUUCCUCGCCUUUUAGCUACCCUCUGCGUUCCGAGACUCCAAUUAGGCUGCUAUUAUCUUUCAAAUUCCAAAUAUGCCACAGCUCGUAAAUCCAACUCACCGGCGGCUUCCAGGCCACUCCAAUAAGCAUACUGACUGGGGAGGCUUUUUACUCUUAACAGUUUAACAAAGCAACUUCUAAAAUCAUACCAGAUGACAAUCCUCUAUUUAUAUGAAUUCCGAUGCCACACAGUUCGUUUCCAUUUCUCAUUUGUCCCAAAUAAUCAGACAGUCCAUCCGGGAAGGUGGUAAGUACAUCUUAAAGUAUAAAAAUAAAAAGUUCACUUCCCUUUUCGUUCCGUCCCAAUCAUUCAUUCUUCUUGACGAAAUACUCCCUCGAUUCUCUUCUUGCUCAGACGCUGAUAAAGUCCUGGCAGUAUCUUCUCCCCCUUCUUUUGAAGCAUGUCCAUGAAUUUAAAUCCAAUUAUUCUCUUUAAUCAUGGAGAUCGCGCUCGUAUAGGGUGGCCUCCAGGAGUUCCGGCCCCCAUGGGUGCUCGGCCCAGCCCCCCCUCAAAGAGUCGGGGUGGGUUAGGGGGCAUCCGCGGGCCAGCGCCCCCCCGUCCAAACCCAGGGGGGUGGGGAGACUGCUUUACUCCCCAAGCAGCCACCAAAUUCCCCAUGAAGGUCGGAGAGGUGGAACAAGGGUCAGCCAUUUCCCCCCCCACGAGCGGACCGGAAGCCUUAUCCAUUAGGAAGUUCUGUGGCUGCCUCAUCAAAAUGAGCAGGAGUUGCAGCAUUACCCAUUCAUUGCAAGGAUACUUGUGCAGGAGAACUUGCCCAAUGGAUGGUUCUCCCUAUUGGUCAGUGUGGGAGAUGGGGUGCCAUGUAAAUUUUCUACACUGAGACACAAACAUGUCCUGGGCCUGACACAUUUCCUGGAGCUGUCAGUGACAUAGGGAAGAGCUGUCACUUAGCAGAAGAGCAGAUUCUGUGCACCCAGAAGGCUGCAGGCCCAAUUUCCUUGCGUCUUAAGGUGAAGACAACCCCACACACCCACUUGAAACCCUGACAAGCCACUGCCAAUCCCUGUAGAUGUUAAUGAGCUAGAUGAACCCAAUGGUCUAUGAUUCAGAAUAUAUAAGCUUUCUGUGUUCCUAAAUUGUAUGUGACACAAAGCAAGGUAUCACAUUUAAGUAAGGUGACAGUGCUUAUGUGAAAUGAGUACAUACGCUUUAAAAUCCUUGUAAUGGGCUGAAGGCUGGCAAAAAAAAUUACAGGAGCUUUGUAUGUCAAUCCAGCUUCAGGUUGGAACGUAAACAAUGGUCAACAGUCUAGCACAGAACAGGUUGUCAUAACUUCCUGUUCCUCUUUCCCUUUGCACAGGGCACUGUGAUCCGCUAGGCAGUUGUCCUGUGGGGCUUGUACAGGAGAGCACAGUGUUUCCAUUCAUUUCCGUGGAAACUGCACACAAAUUCCUGGUGGAUUGUGCCUGUCUCAUUUUCUCUAGUGAGGCCAAGCCUGUCCAAGCAACAGCUGCAAAUGUUGCUAAUAUUUUCGGGGUGGGGUGGGGGAAAGCACCCUAAAUAACAGAACUAUUGCACUAUUUUAAAUAGUUAUUUUGCCAAAACUAUGAAGAGUUUUGAUGGAAAAUAUAUUAAAAAAAUAUUUUUUCUGCUAAUAUAUCACUCUCUAAAAAGUGAAGUCAUAGGAGCAACUGAUUUUUUAUUAUUAUUAAAUUUGGGGGAAAUGGGAGAACUCAAGGGAUAUAGAUUUAAAUGCCUUUUAGGUUUUAUUUGGAACAAAAGACACUUUUUAUGUGGAAAAUACAUAUUUUGAUGAAAUAUUAAUGUUUUGAAAAUGUUCUCUAGCCCUGUGCUACUAAUAAAGUGUUGUCUGCAAUUUUGCAGGGGAA